UUAAAAAAUGAUUUUUUUUCAGAAAAUGGCGCAAGAACCGAUAGAUACUAACUGCAUGACUCUGACAAGAUGGAUUCUAGCGGAGCAAAAGAAAUAUGCUCCAACAGGAACAGGAGAUUUUACGCAGCUGUUAGCCAGCCUACAGACAGCUGUUAAAGCUGUGUCUGCCGCUGUAAGACGAGCAGGAAUAUCCGACAUGUUUGGAGUUGCAGGAAAUGUUAAUGUUCAGGGUGAGGAAGUAAAGAAGCUUGAUGUCCUGGCCAAUGAGUUGUUCAUAAACAUGCUUAGGAAAAUAUUAAAAUUUUGCCAUCAUAUUUAUCAGGAGAACGAUAAUGAGAUAGAGGUUGAGACUGAGAGACAAGGGAAAUAUAUUGUAACCUUUGAUCCUUUGGAUGGAAGCUCGAAUAUUGACUGCUUAGUGUCCAUAGGAUCAAUCUUUGCGAUCUUUAAGAAGCCCCAUGACGAGCCACUCGCACCCGGAGAUGCUCUUCAGUCUGGAAGGCAAAUAAUAGCUGCUGGGUAUGCCCUAUACGGUAGUGCUACUAUGAUGGUACUGUCCGCUGGGCACGGAGUAAACGGUUUCAUGUUGGAUCCAUCUAUCGGAGAAUUCGUUCUGUCAGAUCCGGAUAUGAAGAUAAAACCCCGAGGUAAAAUCUACUCUAUCAACGAGGGAUAUGAGGAAAAGUGGGAACCAGCGGUCAAAGAGUACGUUAAAUCUAAGAAGAUGGGAACACCUUAUGGGAGCAGGUAUAUUGGAAGUAUGGUUGCAGAUGUACAUAGAACUCUAAAGUAUGGAGGAAUCUUCAUGUACCCUGCGACAGUGGACUCCCCUAAGGGAAAACUGCGAGUUCUGUACGAAUGCAUGCCAAUGGCUUACAUUAUGGAGCAGGCCGGGGGUAUGGCUAGCACUGGAACUAAACCUAUUCUGGAUAUAGUUCCUACGAGUCUCCACCAGAGGUCUCCUAUAUUUCUUGGCAGUAAAGACGACGUUGAAGAAAUUCUCGAGGUUAUUGCUAAACAUGCUGCCAAAUAAUCAAUGGAGGAUUAUGCAUCGAAUCUAAUUAGUUUUUAAGGAUAAACUAUGUUGUCAUCAUCAUUUUAUUAUAUUUAUAUUUUUAUGAAAUAAAUUAUUUCAAGUAAGA